CCUAUUUAGCUAUAGGCGUACGUGCUCUGCUCUGCUGCAACUAGUUUCAGCUUCUAAUGAAUUUCUCUCUCAUAUUAUAUGAUAUUUCCCCUUCAUAUUGAUGAUGGCAGAUGCAUCAGUUAUUGAAGAACUGAUUCAGUUCUUAUCAGUGACAACUAGACCCGAUGUCAGGGACACGGCACUCGCGCAUGUGACUGGUACGACUGCAAGCAAAGAGGGGCGACUCACCAUCGGGACACAGCUCUUGCCCGUAGCCGAAACUCUGGGGGAGCUUAUCUGUUCGGAUGCUGUACACGAAUCCCACCGAGAGCAGGCUUAUCAUAUUGUGGUCAAUUUGUCAUCUGAAGAUAGCUUUGCAGAAAAACUUGCCCUUGACCUGUCGUACAUAUCCCAUUUGCUGCAGACGAUCAUCAAUCCUUCGAGUCCUUUUGCCAAGCAAGCAUGCAUGAUUCUUAGCAACUUAACUCGAAACAGAGCUGGAGCAGAACGGGUCUUAAAAAUUCUUCAAUAUGAUGAUGAUGGAAGUCCAGCUGUUGGAAUGAAUAAACUGGUGGAAGCGUUUUGUAAAGAAGGUUACAAUAAGAAGAACUCGAGUCUUGACUAUGUAGGACCUUUAUUAGCCAACCUAACUCAGCUUACCGAAGCAAGAGAAUAUAUCUUAAACAGAGAGCGAUGCAUUGUACAGAGGUUACUUCCAUUUACUCAGUAUAAAUUAUCAAUGGCCAGGAGAAGAGGAGUAGCAACAGCAUUGAGGAACUGCUGUUUUGAAACUGCAUCUCAUGAAUGGUUGUUAGGAGAUGAUGUGGAUAUCCUACCCCAUCUCUUGCUUCCAUUAGCUGGUCCUGAAGAGCUGAGUGAGGAGGAUAUGGAAGGAUUACCGGAUGAUCUUCAGUAUCUUGAGGAGACAAAGAAGAGGGAGGAUGAUCCUGAUAUUCGUGCUAUGCUAUUGGAAGCAAUUUAUCAACUCUGUGCCUCAAAAGAGGGACGGCGGAUCGUGAAGGAGAAAAGAACAUAUGUGAUCCUGAGGGAGUAUCAUCAGUGGGAGAAGGAUGAGAAAGUUGAGAGUCUUUGUCAUCAGGUGAUUGAUAUCCUCAUCAUGGAUGAUCCGCUACCAGGAAUGGAGAAUCUUAGGGAUGUGGAGAUACCAGAGGAGAUCAAAGUAAAACUAGAUCAAAAGAAGGAGGUCGAGGACCAGGAGAAAGAUUGACAUUUUUUUUUAACAUAGGGUGGCAUAAGUUUUGAAUUAUUUAUAGUCUGUGUCAUAUGUUCAGAUGUGUCUUUUGAUAAAGGAUUAAAGAUCUAAGCAAAUGAGGAUUUUAAAAGAAAUUAAUUUGUUAAUAAGAUGCCAGGUGGGUGUUUCAUGAAGCUGUUCGUAAGUUAAGAGUGACUUUAAGAACGACU